AUGCACCAAUCAACACCCACGAACUCUCCAUCUCUCAACAACCAGCAACACCUCAUCAAACCUGUUGUUAUUACUGCAGUAAUUUUAUUACUAUUCGCUACCUUUUAUUCUCACCAACAAACUAUCACUGUAAAAAUUGACUCUUCCCUUCUUGGCAAUAAGAUCAAUCAAGACAUAUUCGGAGUCAAUUAUGCAGAAGAGGCUAAUUUGCAAGCUGUUAAAUAUCCAGUCAAUAGAAAGGGAGGUAAUUCUGAUACUCGUUUUAAUUGGGAACAAAAUAUUCAUAACACUGCUCAGGAUUGGUACUAUAUGAAUAUUCCAGAUAGUGUUCAGAGCGGGAAAACUCUUCCAGAUGGUUCAACAGCAACGGUUUUUGUUGAUACUUCUAAUAAGUACAGUUCAAAGGCAAUGCUGACAGCUAGUUUGAUUGGUUAUACUCCAUUGGAUGAUCGUGUGAAAAAAUGGGGAUUUUCAGUUGCCAAGUAUGGUAAUCAAUUGGAAACUGAAUGUAAUGGUAGUAAUGGAGCUAGUUGGUGUAUGAGUGAUGCUGGUAAUGGUAAAAUUUCAUCAACAACCUACAUUACAUCAAAUAGUCCAUCAGAUACUUCGAAAACAAUAGACGAAACAUAUGUUAGAAACUGGAUUAAAUUCAUGAAGAGCAGAAAUACACCAGUCAAAUUCUGGUCACUCGACAAUGAAAUGGAUUUAUGGCAUUCCACCCACAGAGAUGUCCAUCCAAACAAGGUCACCUAUGAUGAGAUGUGGACACUUACUCAAAAAUAUGCUGCAGCUAUUAAGGCAGAAGAUUCAACAAUUACAACCUUUGGACCAGCCUCUUGGGGACAUUGUGGUUAUUAUUAUUCACCUACUGAUGGUUGUUCGAGUGGAAGUGAUCGUAAGGCUCACUCUGACAUGCCACUCUUGGAUUAUUACUUGUCAAAAGUUUGUGAAUAUAAGAAGAGUAAUGGAGUCUUGCUGGUUGACUAUUUGGAUGUUCAUUACUAUCCACAAGCAAGUGGAGUUUAUGAUGUCCAUCAAACAUCAGACACUAAUGCAGAACUUAGAUUGAGAACUGUUAAGAGUUUGUAUGAUUAUAAUUAUGUGGAUGAAAGUUGGAUUCCUUCUGCAGAAUCGAAUGGUCCACUCUCAAGAGUCGCCUUAAUUCCAAGAAUGAAAUCAUCCAUUGCAAAAUAUUGUCCACAAAUGAAGUUGGCCAUCACGGAAUAUAACUUUGGAGCUGACAAUAUUUGGUCCUCUGCCUUGGCUCAAGUUGAAAUUUUGAGUAUUUUCGGUAGAGAGGGAGUUGACUUGGCCACACGUUUUACAGUUCCAAAAGAUGGUUCAAUGGUCGAGAAAUCAUUUAAAUUUUACUUGAAUUAUGAUGGAAAUGGAGCUAAGGUCGAUGGAUACUAUGUCAAUACCACAAGUUCAAAUAUAGAUAGUGUUGGAGCUUAUUCAUUCGUGAAUAGUGAAACCAGCACCAUGUAUGUCAUUUUAAUCAACAAGUUGACCUCUUCCACCAAUGUUAAUUUGCAAAUAUUGGGCAGUGCUGGUAAGGGAAAGACAAUCACAACAUGGACGUUCAGUUCUCCUGGAACCAUCACCAAGAGCAGUCAAACAAGUACGACUAGUUCUGUAGAUGGAAGCGCCACAAUUACAUUGAGUGGAAGAAGUGCCAAUUUAUUGAUUGUUCCAUCUGUUUCGGUCUCAGCAAAUUCUGCUCUUGUUGGUGCUGGUUUUUCGUUGGGAAUGAUUAGUUGCUUGCUAUUCAUCUUGUUUAGUGUAUUAUUGUAA